UCAAUCACUUACUUAACUUUGAACUUAUAGCAUUUGCACCAAUGCUUUCGUCCAUGUGUCCAUCGUCAUCUUGAUCAUAUGCGUUAUAGUUUUCUUGAUAUUUGUAAUCUCGAAGCUCUUUUUUUCACGUUGUUCUACUUUUUCUUCUUCCAUCAGCAACUAAGCGCCUGAUUUGCUCUUUUUCGGCUUUGUUUCCUCUUUGAUUUUGAAGCUGGGUCGGUUCGGUUUCACUCUUAUUCCUUGACUAUACCUUUAUAAAAACAUUUCAAGCAUGUAAGUUUUGCCUUUCUUAGUUCAACUCCUAUUCCAAGAAACACCAAAAAAGAGUUUUUGUCGGAUUUCCUAUGCAAGUAGUUGAAGCUUUAUUUAUCUAGUUAAUUGUAGUAGUUUGUAAUCUGGCUACCAUCGUACCUUCUAUUCCUUAGCCAAACAUUUAUAAAAGCCUGCACAGCAUGUAAUUUGGUGUGUUUCCUUCUCUUCAAUUAUCAAUCCAAAAAAAACAAAAAAAAAAGGUUUAGUAUCAGUAGUUGUGGUAUAAUGUUUCCAUAGAAUUUGUCAAAUAUCGUUGCUCUUGAUUGUUACUGAUCGUGGCGAAGAGUAAAACAACCGUGUAGAAACACCUUUAUAAAAGCUUCCAAAUCAUGUAACAGUCGUCUCUAUCUUCCCAGCUACCACCAAGUCUAAAAAAACCAAAAAAAAAAAAGUCUGUUCCUUAUUAUUGUUCCACAAAAAAGGAAAAUUUUUUUUUUGAAAAUCAGAAAUGCCUGACGAGGAGACUGCAACCCCAACGGCGUCGGCACCGGCAACUCCAGGAACGCCAGGUGGGCCGCUGUUCACGUCCAUGAGGGUGGACUCGCUGUCAUAUGAUCGGAAGUCAAUGCCACGAUGCAAAUGCUUUCCAGUGACUGCACCAACGUGGGGUCAACCUCACACAUGCUUCACCGACUUCCCUGCACCUGACGUCUCUCUAACCCGCAAGCUUGGAGCAGAAUUUGUGGGAACCUUUAUCCUAAUAUUUGCGGCUACAGCGGGACCCAUAGUGAACGAAAAGUAUUCGGGAGUGGAGACACUGAUAGGAAAUGCGGCAUGUGCAGGGCUGGCCGUGAUGAUAAUAAUUUUAUCGACCGGACACAUCUCUGGGGCUCAUCUUAACCCGUCCCUCACCAUUGCAUUUGCUGCUUGUCGUCACUUCCCAUGGGCUCAGGUUCCAGCCUACAUAACAGCUCAGGUUUCGGCCUCCAUUUGUGCUUCUUUCGCUCUCAAGGGUGUCUUUCAUCCCUUCAUGUCUGGUGGCGUCACUGUCCCUUCCGUCAAUUAUGGACAAGCUUUUGCACUCGAGUUCCUUAUUACUUUUAAUCUUCUCUUCGUCGUCACCGCUGUUGCCACUGACACCCGUGCGGUUGGAGAGCUGGCGGGAAUAGCGGUUGGAGCAACAGUCAUGCUUAACAUUCUUGUGGCUGGGCGAAGUAGUGGAGGAUCAAUGAAUCCAGUGAGGACGUUGGGGCCGGCUGUGGCAGCAGGAAAUUACAAGGCAUUGUGGAUUUACUUGAUAGCACCCACACUGGGUGCCUUGGCUGGUGCAGGCACUUACACUUUGGUGAAGCUCCGCGAGGAAGAUGUUGAAGCACCACGGCAGGUCAGGAGUUUUCGACGCUAGCUUUGGAGCCCACCAAUCAUAUCGUUAUUGAAAGGGGGGAAAAUUAGAUGCUUUUCGUCCACUUUUUCUUCUUCUAAUGUCACCAUCUAUGAAACCAUGUAUUGUCGUUUGAUUGUGUGGGGUAAGGAUAAGAUAGCUUUGGAGAAUAAUGGGCGAUGUGACCAUAAGUCCAUGCCCGACAGUUUCGUUGUAUAAUGGUGUGCUUACUUUUCUCUAUUUUGUUUGGUUUUUUUGACAUUAAUGUGUUGGGAUUUGCGGGUUUGGUUUAAUUAUGUCUGGCUUUGAUGAUUUUUAACUUUCCAUGUGUACUA